UUUCUCUUUACUAUUUUUUGAUAAAAAAAUGGAAGAGGAAGUUUAUUCAAAUGAUUGGUUUUUGGAUGAUAUCAAUUCAAGCUUAAACACAAUUCUCGCCAUGAUUAAAACGGACACUCAACAAUUACCUCAUCUUGAGUUACUUGGACAAAUUAGGCAGUGUUUGGAAUGUUUGGCUUGUUCUUCCCCUGAAGAAAUGGCUUCGCAAAGAGCGCGAUUUGUUAGUCUUUCUUGGCCUGCCGAUUUACGUGUUGUUCUUCAGAGGAUUUUUAGAACGUUUGGAAUACGUAAAAUUUUCUUUUUAAUGUACCCUUUUACUUUAACUUUAUGCCUCAUUUAUUCGCAGGGCGUGGGGGACGCUGAUCUACUUUGACCGAGUUGCGUUUGUGAUUAAAGGUCGUAUAACGAAAUUAGAGUGAAUAUUAGUGAUGAGCCCUCCCGAAUUUUAAAAAUUAAAGUCGGAACGCGGAAGGGGCAAAAAAGCAAAUUCUGCAGAAGCAGCAGAAGGUAAGAUGCUGA